AACUUAUGUAUUUUUCGAAGUACCAUCCAAUAUUGUAUUAAUUAAAAUAAAACCUUCAAUUUGGAUUUCAUCACUCAUGGUCGGAUGGGGUAUCGUAAUGAUAUCUAUGGCAUUCGUAAAAAAUUACCAUCAGUUAUUGGUGACAAGAUUAUUAUUAGGAUGUUUUGAGGCUGGUCUUUUUCCUGGCGUCAUAUAUUAUAUUACAAAAUGGUAUAAAAGAUCUGAGCAAAGUUACAGAGUUGGUUUGUUUUUUGCUGGUUGUAUGAUUGCUGGUGCAUUUAGUGGACUUUUGGCAUAUGCUAUUAUGGGUAUGGAUGGUAGAUUUGGAUUGAGUAGUUGGCAAUGGAUAUUUCUUAUUGACGGAUUGGCGACGGUUUUUGUUGCAUUUUUUGCCUAUUUUUUGAUCUCGGAUUUUCCAGAGACCGCUACUUGGCUUAAAGAGGAUGAACGAAAGAUUAUUAUUGAUCGUUUACAAAAUGAUUUAGGAGAUAUUACCACAAAUGAUUUGGAUAAACAUCAAAUAUAUGAAGCUUUUAAGGAUUGGGUGCCUUUAUUUAUACAAUUCACUGCGGCAAUUCCUGGAUAUUCUUACUCUUUCUUUAUUCCGUCAAUUGUAAAUGGUCUGGGAUUUAAUCCUGUUAUUUCUCAACUUCUUUCUGUUCCUCCUUUUAUCUUGGGAUGUCUUACAAUGAUUAUGAUUUCGAUAUUAUCUGAUCGAUCCGGAGUUCGUGGUCCAUAUUUAAUUUGUAAUUCAUUGGUAGCAAUUGUAGGAUAUAUAUUACUUGUGAUUCCGACUUCCGGUAUUGCUAUAAAAUAUAUCGGACUUUGUAUUGUUUGCAUGGGAUUGUCUUCAUGUGUCCCUGUAUCAAUUACAUGGUUAACAAAUAAUCUAGCUGGCAAUUCGAAACGUGCUGUAGGUAGUGCAAUUAUAAUUGCAUGUGGUAACAUAGCUGGAAUACCAGCUUCACAAUUAUACCAACCUCAAGACGCUCCAGCUUAUAAAUUUGGUCAUGUCACUGUGAUAUUUCUUUUAUUAUUUACGAUAACCUUAUCGAUAGUUCAAUAUUCUUUAUUAAAUAGAGCUAAUAAACUUAAAAUUAAAUAUCCAGAAAGAUUUUUAAAAGGAAAAAGUAAAGAAGAGGCUGUUAUUUUGGGUGAUAAGCAUCCAUCAUUUGUUUAUUGCUUGUAA